AUGUCGCCCAUCCUUCUCCAAAUCAUCAUUAGCACCUGGGCUUGGCUUUUCCUCUACUGGGGUUUCUGGUAUCGAAACAGGCAUCGCGGUGCAGAAUGGAGCUGUCGAGUGGUCACUUUCUUACACGGCUUGAUGGUCACUUUCCUUUCUGGCUACGUGGUCUUCGUUGACGGUCCCUGGCCGCUGACUCAUGCAGGCCACCCAAACACGCCGCUCCAAGAAUUUAUCCUCUGCCUGUCGCUGGGCUAUUUCAUCUUUGACUUCUGCUGGUGCGUCCUUUUGGACGGUGAGAGCGACCUGAUGCUCACUCACCACCUGCUAAGCAUGGGCGGCAUGUCACUGGUCUUGGACACCGGGAAGUCGGGCCCCGAAUUGAACGCCCUCAUCUUCGUGAGCGAGAUCACCAACCCGUUUCUGCAAAUGCGCUGGUUCCUGCGAGACAGUGGGGGCUACCACAGCUUGGCCGGCGAUGUGGUGGACAUCUUGUUCGUGGCUCUCUUCCUGGGGCUGCGGAUCGUCGGCGGUGCCUGGAUUAUGCACUCCGUGAUGAAGUCCCCCGAGACGUACGGGACGCUCAAGGGUGGAAUCCUAGCGAUGUACGGCGUGUCCUUCAUGUUUUUGGUGGAGAUCUUCAGUUUCGCCAAGAGGAAGAUCAACAAGAAACUCCAGGCUUGGAGAAACGAAAGAAGCCAAGGAGAUCACACCAAGGUUAGCCGACAUCUUCCUAGCUUGGGUAUCCGGGGAUCUGUUGAACCCAACCUACAAAGAGCAAAUAGAUCUUGUUGA